AAUUUUGGUUCCAGAACGGACACAGUUUUCUGUGGUGUCUUUGACGGUCAUGGUCCUUAUGGUCAUAUGGUCGCCAAAAGAGUGAGGGAUUCUCUACCUCUGAAAUUGAGUGCACACUGGGAAGUGAACAUAAACGGCAGUGAUGUUCUCAAGGAGAUCAGCCUAAAUACUGCAGGAAGCAUGAACUCAGAAGAUUCUGCCCUUGCAUUUGCUGAUGAAGAGCUGAGGGCUUCCAUAGAUAUUGGGGAGGUGGAAAAGCGCCCUGAGAUCUUUCAGACAUUGAGAGAAUCGUUUCUGAAAGCUUUCAAAGUCAUGGAUAGGGAGCUGAGAAUGCAAGGCAGUAUCGAUUGCUUCUGUAGUGGGACAACAGCUGUGACUCUAGUCAAGCAGGGCCGGGACAUUGUCAUUGGAAAUGUUGGGGACUCCAGAGCUGUACUAGGUACAAGAGAUAAAGACAACUCUCUGAUUCCAAUUCAGUUGACUGUGGACCUCAAACCAAAUCUUCCAG